GAUAUACACAAGUCAUAGAAUAUUCCAACUUCACAUAUAUAGAAAUAUCUAGUCAAGCUAAUCUUACUGGAAAUCCACCUCACGUCUUAGCUAUUAAACGAUGCGAAUAUUUCAAUUGUUCACGAAACGGAAGCGUUAUUGAAAUAAAUUUUAACAAUACUGAGGAAAUACAAGAUAUUAACUUCUGCUACGUUAAUGGCAAAAAUCCAAUAAACAUAUACCCAUUAUUUGACCAAUACAUUUUGGUAUCAUACGUUCAUGCGAAAGAUACAUCCGACAGUAUAACAUAUAUAGAUCGAGGAAUGGUUAUAGACUGGAACGGAAAUAUUAUGAG